AUGGGACUCCGUGGUGUAGUGAGUUUGCUGGCGCUGGCUAGCUGCGCCUGCGCAUCUGUGAACGACAAUGCCCUUGAAGGUGGGGAUAGGGUUGUGUUAGUUGCCCCGGUUCUUGCACCACCGAGGGAUUCCCGCACCCACGUGACGGACCGGGCGAGGCAGUUCCCGAUUUUAGUUCUUCUGGCUCAGCAAAACCCCCCCCCGGAGAAACUGAGGGAGCCUGAAGCUAAAUCCCUGAAUGUUAAUCCGCAACCUAUUUAUGUUCAGAAAUUGCAAGAUCAAGUUCAGCCAACACGGUCAAAUAGACAAAAAAGGACUUUAGGUAAGCUACUACUUGGUCAUGGGGGUGGAUUGUCUAUAGGGGGAGGUCUUGGUUGGGGAGGCGGCUUUGGCGGAGGGUAUGGAGGUGGCUACGGCGGAGGCUAUGACGGUGGCUACGGGGGGCACGGUGGCGGUUACCAAGAGCCCCAUAAAACUGUAAUUGUCAAAGUUAUUAAGGAGCAUGGUCAUGGACAUGGAGGCUAUGGAGGACAUGGUGGAUAUGGCGGACACGGCGGUAAUUAUGGCGGUCAUGGCGGAAAUUACGGUGGAUAUGGCGGCGGUGGCGGCGGCGGCUACGGCGGUGGUUUUGGUGGUGGAGGCGGAGGUGGCGGAGGAGGUGGUGGCGGGGGAGGCUUCGGCGGCGGCUAUGGAGGUGGUGGUGGAGGAGGAGGUGGUUACGGCGACGGUGGCUAUGGUGGUUUUAACAACGGGGGUGGCUAUGGAAACAAUGGUUACAACCACGGCGGAGGUUAUGGACCGUCUGGUUGCGGCGGAGGCUGUGGUGGCAAUGGUGGAAGCCACGCCACCGCGACCGCUACCGCUACAGCAACUGCCACUGCUAAUGGGUACGGAAAACGCAAAUAA